GGGCGUCACCCCGGUGCGGGGUAUCCGCAUGCGUAAGCGCUGCCUACAACUUCAGUGCCCAUUUUAGAGUCGAGCGGGGCGCACGCGCCGUAUUGUACUACCGAAAUGAAAAUCGAUACAGAACGAGUAAUCAUUGAAGUUCAUCUGCGGCCCGUUUUGUGGGAUAAACGCAAUGAAUUAUACAAAAACAGGGACGCGAGGGAGGCUGCAUGGAGAGAUAUUUUGAAGGAAUUGGCACCUAACUACGAAAAUUUGAGCGAAGAGGAAAGAAAAGUGGCGGACAAGAAAAUACAACAACGCUGGCGAACAGCAAGGGACACUUACCAGAAAGACAAGAUAUCUGAAAAAAAUCAGCCAUCCGGCUCUGGGAGUAAGAAGAAGAAAUAUUCUUACUAUGACAUUUUGACUUUCUUAGACAGAACAACGGAAACUGCUGGAGAAGAGUCACUCUGUGAAGAAAUGUCUGAACAAAGUAAUUUAGAAACACCUAAUGAGUCCACGCAACCAGGUACUUCACGUCAAGAAAGUUCUCAACUAACAUCACAACGUAAUUUAGAAACACGUAAUGAGUCCACGCAACCAGAUACUUCACGUCAAGAAAGUUCUCACCCAACAUCAAAACAAAAACAAGUAAAAUCUAAAAAGCAAGCACCAUCUGAAUUUGAGGCACAGUUAUUAGAAUGCUUAAAGUCUAAUCAACUGGAGCUAGAAAGUGAGGAUUUGGCUUUCUUUCAGUCUCUGCAGCCUUCAUUAAAAAGAUUCACUAGAUAUCAAAAACUAAUGUUCAGAACAAAAGUGUUAAAUAUAGUUAUCAAGAUUACCAAACCAAUAGUAUAA